GACUAUGGAUUGCAACCUGUCAAAGGACACCUUGUAGGGGCAUCAAAGAAGUCAGCUGAUUGUACAGUUAACAGUGGUGGGUUUCAGAAACUUUGUAUUAUUUAAUGAACUAGGUUUUGAUCAAAUUAUCUCGUGGAUGAUCCCAUUUUUGUUCGAUUUCUCUUUGAUUUGUUUUCCUAUUUAAUGUUCUAUGUCAGUUCUCCUUGGUAAGUUGGCGCUUUAGAAAGGAAAAGAGGGCUGGGCCGAGUUACUUUCGCAAAGACUUCUGGGACUAUUACAAGGGACAGGGAAAAACAGUAGGCCAUUUGCACGAUGACGUCAUUUUAUUACUACAACUACUAAUACCAGAAUACUUCAGUGGUUUGCUUUCUUGUGCAAAUGAGGGCUUUGUUGUUUUAAACCUCGCUGGGAUUACCAAAUUUAAAUAUGAAAGGAAAAACGAAAAGGAUUUUGGUAGUAGUAGUAGUAAAAUGACCCGAUCGUGCAAAUGGCGUUUUGGCCAAUAGCUGAUGAUCGGUACGUCCCCAGUAACGUUUGUACCAGAAACAAGAAAUACGACCGUAAUGUCAACCUCGAUGUCUAGGAAACGAGUUGAAGGAGAAAUAAAACAGUCAAACUUCAUCUUUGCAAGUGCAUCACAAUUUUGUUGCUUGUCUUGUCACUGCAUGACUACAACUUUAACCUGAGAUCAGGCCCAAUGUUAGCGGUUCUCAUACAUUCUCUCAAACGGCUACCGCUAAAAAAUCUCUUUUCGUUUCGCCUUGCCCGCCGGAAUGUUAUUUACAAAGCGAAACAAAAACUGAGCCUGAUCUCAGGUUACUACAACUUGAACUUUUUUUGAAAUUUACCAAAACACAUUUCAUAAAUUUUACUGCCUCUAUUUGACGUUGGAUGCUCUCCCCAACUAGCGAUUCAACCACAGGACUUUGCUUUGACUUCAAAUGACAAUUGAAUGGGGCGCAAAUAAAAUCUCGAUAUGACAGAUAUUUUAAUCUUAGAAAAUGUGAAAAGGACUACAGAGUGCACUGAUUACCACAUAUUGCGCGAAUUUUACGGAGGUGAGCUUCCUUAAAAUGGGCGCACCAGAGUUGAUGACCUCUCUUAGUCAAGGUCCCAACAGUGCCUACCUUUAAGACGGUUGACUACUCUUUCCUUGUCAGUUUUUUUUUACUGUAUGUGGUAUAUCGCAUUCCAAACACUUAUCAAGAACAUUGGAAAUGCAUUAUAAGCGUCUGGGACGUUAACAUUUUCUUUGCUUAAACCCGCUAAUGUUUCCCGCUCGGGAACUUUGCCAAUGAAGCCAGCUUGAGCGCUGUUCGAGAUAAGUCAACUUAUUUAGAAAUCCUAACUACACCGUUAUUGCAGACAAUCCCCAAGUGGAAGAUGUGGUGGACUUCAUUUCCGAACCCAGUCGCACCGCGGUCACUGUGCUAACGGAAGAGCAUCUAACAUCCGGGCAGUACACCAUUCAUGACGUCGUUCUUCCACUUCCUGGUUACGAUUCAAAGUAGACAGACUGCAAAUUAUCUUAGUUGCUAAAAAAUAUAUAUCUACGGGUCGCAACUGUUCAUCAGUAGGAUGCCUAAAAUGCGUGCAAUUCCACAAUUGGUUUCGGCUCCAUUAAAUCCUAUACCAAUUGCAGAACAUUUUAGGAGGAGCCACCCACCAUGUGAGCACAGUCACGGACAAUGUAUAANAGGAGCCACCCACCAUGUGAGCACAGUCACGGACAAUGUAUAAGUGAGGAAAAUAACGCAAAGUAAAAUUAAGACGUUAAUAAACGAACUAAAUGUACACGUCAAUUAAAUAAAUAAAGAAAUAAUGCGCGCGCUCAAAAUAAAAUUGUACGCGCACACGUACCGAGAUACAUCUGAAAUACAACACUAGGUAAUAAAUAAGUAAUGUAAGGAUACGAUGGUGCAAUUCAAGGCUGGAUUGCUAAUCUCAUCUCCCGCAGGGCUGCACCAUACUUCUCGACGAUAAGACCAUGGCGACUGAAGAAUUUAUUAAAUGAUUUCUGAAGUAGCUUGGUUUCAAAGCCUUGCUGUCUGAGUCGUAAUGAAAGUCCACGGAGUCUAUUGAUGAAGUCAACUUUGGACGUGCAAAUUCUAGCAUAUCUCACCAGUUGAGAUAUAUAAACACCGUAAGCUGUUGUUUACCCAGACAACCACAUGAAAGAUCACUACAAAAAAAUCAUGGCUGAUGAUGGACUGGACAUCAGUAACAUGCGGCAUAAAGUGAAAGAUUAUUCUCUGUCUGGCGCUUAUCGGUAA